AGUUAGAUAACAAUUGAUGACAUAAUUGAUGUACGAAUUAUAGUGACAACACAUGUGCGCUAAAAAUGACUGCAAAUUACAUUCAAAUUAAAUGUGCGGCCAACAGUACACUACAAGACUUCAAGCUAUGUGACAGUGCGGGCGCCUAUACCUAUCACGACUCAAAUGCGUGGACAACAAACACUUGCAAUCGAUUCAUAUACUGGAAGACCAGUAAUGACAUCCUUGAGCUCACAGAGCUCUCUAUGGAUGUCAACCUCACGGGAAACCAACUAAAACUACACUUCCAGAAGAGCCCUGUUCUCGAGGGGGUCAGCAUUCAUGAGACGAUUGAUAAGGUAUACGUAUUGGUGGCCACCGUGUCAUCAGUUCACCGCUUCAUCUUCAAUCAUCCCCGCAAACUGGGAUCUAUUGCACCGACUACCGGCAGUUCCCCUCAAAGUUUAAUAACAUCAAUGACUGGUAUAGAGUUAUCCCGAGUCUCUAUCUUUUAUAACGCCUAUACAAUGAAUUUGGACGAUCCGAGCAAUUGUAGUGUUUUAUCAACUUAUGGGUCAUCAAUGGGUUUACCUAUACCUACCACUUCUUGCUCUUGGCUUACACCACAAAAAGAGGCAGUUUUUGUAAUCGCUAAUAAUAUGGGAUCAUUAUUGGUGGUCCGUUUAGGUGCACCAGAAGAUGCAGGAAAAGUAAUUAGUUAUGAGUUAAAGCAGACAACAAUUAUAGGACGUCUUUGGAGUGGAAUCGUACCAUCGAUUAUGAAAAGUACUCAAGAAGGCGAAGAAGCAGCUAUUAGUUUGGUUUGGCAUUCAAUACAUAACGAUAACUUGAUAUUUGCAUUGUGUAGAGAUUUAAAGAUAAAGAUGUGGUCAUAUAAACGACAAGAAUGCUUACUAUCUCAUCCAUUAGUACCGCAAAGUCAGACAUUACAUAAAUUGUAUUCAAAUAUGAGUGUGCGACGGCCUAUCAUUUUAAAGAAAUGGAUCUCAAGAGACAAUUCGACACUAUAUUUGGCGGCUUUUAUAGCAAUUGGCGAACAAAGACAGUUUGCUUUGUUUGAACCCAUACUUGAAGACAAUCAGUAUUGUCUUCGAUCAUUGGCUGUAAUCAAUGCACCUGAAGUUGAUUUAAUUGAUUUUUGUAUUAUCAAUAACCAAAUUUGGUCGCUUUGGAUCAAUGCAAACAAUGUCUCCAAACUCUUGUAUUGUCCAAUAGAUAAUUAUUCUUCGUGGGACUGGAGAUCACUUGCCUUACACUCACAGUUCACACAUAAGAUUAACAUUAACUCAAUUCUUGUGGAUCCAAGAGAGCUAUACAUUCAAGACAUUUUCAUGAGUGGGAACUUUUCAAUGCAAACAAUUGCCAAAUCAAUUAGUAUAAUGAGCCGAAUUUCUGAAUCAUCAUUAAUUGGAUGUAAAACUGAGUUACUUAUUGAAGAAGCGACUAAAGUGGUUGAAAAUAAGAUCCGGAACGUUGUCGGAGCCGCCGAACUCUCUGCUGAAGAAUAUACAGCACUAGAGUUGGAGUCGUGGCGUAAUUUGCACUCAUUUUGUAUACAAUAUGACAACAAUGAGAAUAAACCUCUCGGACUUUUCUUUGAUCCCAAAACUGGGUUUAAAGGGAUUAUCAAAAAAUCAAACAUUGAAUUCCCGGUUAAAAGCGAUCCAUUGGAUGAAAUAAUAGUGAACUCUAUUGUCGACGAUUACAAGUAUGAUUUGAGUGUUGUCUGUGAAGACCCUUCACUGGAAUCAAGUUUAGGACAUCUUUUAAAAAGUAUUGCAUUAAUUAAUGAGACACUCGUUGAAGACAAUUUGGUUUGUUUUGAAGCAUAUUUAUUGAGAGGCGAAUCACCGAUCAUUGCCGCCGAAGUACUUAUUGAUAACUCAUUGAUUUUAGCAACAGAUCCUAAAUCAGCAAAUGGAGAGCCUUUAAAACAUGCAUUUAAUAAUAUAAUAACAAAAGCACCACAACUUUUAGAUGCCAUUAAUUUAAUUAUUAGAGCACUUGAAUCAUAUAUUAAAGACACUAAUGAAGAACAAACUAUUUUAUCAAAUGGUUUACAAAUUAUUUCUCCAGUUUUUGUUAAUUGCUUUUCAAGUAAUCGCGGACUUAAUUUGUUGAGCGAAAGUGUUAAGCGAAUGGUACGCUUGAGGUUUAAUUUCUGUCGCGAUUUACUAUUAUUUCAAUCAUUUAUUAUUAAAUUACGAAACAAAGAAAGUCUUGAAGUGAUUGAAAAGAUCAAUACGACUACAAUACCGAUUACCGCAGAAUUAUUAAACGCAUAUUAUUUGAUGACAUGGAUUUGUGAGACACCAAUGAAUUUAACUAAUGUCGGAUCAAUUGUUAAUGAAGACAGUGUCGCUCUUUUAUCACUUUUAGAACUUAACGAAUAUAUUAAUAUUAACAGAAGUGGUCUCUCUUCGACAUCAUUUUUAUUUGAUUGCGGACCUAAAACUAUCGUCAAUUAUUUUAUUCAAAAUAAUGGCGGAAUUAUAGCAAAAAAAUUGUUAACAAAUAAGUUAGAAAACGAAAACGAAACUGUGGCCAACUUAGAGUUGUGGUCAACAAUAUUACCGCAAUAUAUUCAGUCAAUUGCACUCUUGAUCUCUCCAAUUACCAGUCAUUUUCAUUUGCCUGAAUUUUUAUUGGGUUUUGGACAAUACAAUCUUCUUAUAGAAUAUAUCAAUAAAUUGGACGUCUGGUGUGAGUGGAACUCAUACUCGCGUCUCUUUUUGAAAGCACUCUCUUAUUUGAUUACCGGAGAGUCAUAUAAGUCAGUCUCACUUUUUAAUAGAGCUUUGUUUGGUGUCAUAGCAUCUGAAAAAGAUGAAGAAUUAUUUAUUAAGAGAAUUAUUGGACAUAAUUUUCAACUUGAAAUCGACGAAGAAGUUGAAAAUAAUUUAGAAAAUAGCAAAUUGAAUGUGAUUUAUAAAUAUUACAACAAAUUAUUACAAUUAUUUGCUAUUUAUGGUAAUCCAAGUGAUGUCAUUCAAGUAGUUGACAGCGCUUUGUCUGCUUUGACUAAUCCAAAUACUGGUGAUAAUUAUAAUGAACACAUAUCUUCGUUAUUGUCGACAAAAUUUAUGGCUCAUUUAGAGCUCGGAAACACAACUGAAGCCUACGAGACAAUGAUAUCAAAUCCAGAUUUGUCUCAGAAGAAGAUAUGUUUGAGACAAUUCAUUGUCCAUCACUGUGAUAGCGGACAGUUAUCAUCGCUUACAGCAUUCACUUAUAUAGAUAUUGAAGAAGAAUUUGUUAAUAUAAUAGAGUCGAGGGCCAGAUCUACUGAUUUGCAUUUGUCUAAUCAUAUCAAUUAUUAUCAUCUUUUAUAUUCAUAUUUUGUAAGAGACAGUAACUAUCGCAGAGCCGCGUCUAUUAUGUAUGAAUAUUGUCGAAGACUUAGUCAGGAAACUAAUGGCAUUGAAAGCAUUGAAAAACAAGUGAAUUCAUAUGUUAUUGUCUUAAAUUGUCUUAAAAUAAUUAAUCCCAAAUACUCGUGGAUUGUUAAGCAUUCAUAUAAAAUGAAUAACUCGUCUCCGAUGACAAAACGCAAACACGGAUCACCUGAACAGUCAUUGGAUGAAAUGGAUAACAAUCGCAAACUGGAAGUUGAAAUACUUGACAGCGUUAAUAUCAAAUGUGAAUAUGAAUUGAUUAAAUCAAGACUUAGAUUAUUACAAAAAGAUGAGAAGACAUACGCUAUCGCUAAUACAUCACUGACCGCCAGUCAAACUGUCCGAUUACUAAUUGAGGGAUCACUCUAUGACAUAGCCUUUAAUUUAUGUCAAUUACUUAAACUAAAUUAUGAACCUAUAUUUGAAGGCAUUGUUUCAAAAUAUAUAUAUUUAGUUCAAUCGGGAAACACCAUUGAAGUGGUAGAUGUUUACGAUUGUUUUGUGGACAAUGACACACCAUCUCUUGGGUUUAUUGCCUGUGCUCUUAUGACACCAGUUGAUAAAAUGUGGCAUUUGAUCACUACUUAUUUGAAUAGAUAUGAAACACCCGGACAAACAACAUAUAAGAAAUGUGUGGCACAAAAAUUAUUAGCAAAUGGAUUAAUGAUACCGACGUGUCUUAAAUUGAAUUAUCAGAAACAAAAUUGUCCGGAAUUUCUUCGGUUGUUAAUAACUCACAAUUUCAUUGAAGAGGCGUUCAAUUUGUCAAUUGAAUACAUUCGCGCUUUUAUGGGAAAGGGAACCGACUAUUUUGAUAUUCGGUCUGCUGUUUUACCCAACACUCGUCCUCUUUAUAUUCCUUAUCAUAUAUUUAACGUUUUGUUACGAAUUUUAAAUGAAGAGAAAAGUGUUGAUAAAUAUAAAAAGAUGUACAACACUUUGACUAUAGAAAUGAAAAAACUUCGCGAUUUGACUAUUCACGCCUCAAACUCGUUGAGCAUAUGAUUUAAAUUAAAAUAUAAUUUUUAAUAAUAAUUAUUUUUAUUAAU